GGGACUAACCUUGCUGCAUCUAGAUUCUAGUUUAAACUGGGACCUGUGGUACUGAAAAUUCAAGACAAGCGAACGCGAUAUAAUUUCUGUCCUGCAUCAGCGUAUGCGCUACUAAGGGGGAACUAUGGGGACUUUUAGUUGGCAACUACCAAUUGUCUUCUACCUGCUUUCUGCUGUGCUUACAUUAUGCUCUUCCACUGGGGAACACUCUCAAAGGUUUCCUCACACCCUGGGUGUCAACCAAAAUGAAGGAGGGAUGUGUCCUCAAAUAAAAAUUGGCGAGGAUGAUUUGCCAGGAUUUGACAUACUUUCUCAGUUUCACUUAGGCACAGCUACCGCAUUAGGAGGUGUCCAGACUGUGACUGGAUCUACACCUAUGCAGGUUGCCUAUAGAAUUGGACCUGAAGCAAACUACAAGAUAAGAUCGAGGUCGGCGUACCCUCUGGGGCUACCAGAAGAGUUUUCCUUUCUCACAACGUUUCGCAUGAGUGGCAGCACCAUUACUAAGAAUUGGAAUAUUUGGCAGAUUCAAGAUUCCUUCGGCAACGAACAACUUGCAGUACGAGUUAACGGGGGGACACAGUCCCUGGAAUUCUCGUGCACCACAAGGGAUAACCGACCUCAGACGAUUAUCUUCUCAUUUCUACCGUUCCUAUUCGAUUCCGAAUGGCACAAAAUCUUAAUAAGUGUUGAAAGGGGCGCUCUGACUCUUUUCAUUGACUGCAUCAUGAUAGACUCGCACACACUUCUCCCAAGAGGCGCAGUAAAUCUCGAUGGCUUUACCCUGAUGGGAAAACUAAAGGACACCCCUGCGAUUGCUGUGCCGUUUGAACUUCAGUGGAUGUUAAUUCACUGCGAUCCAAAACGACCACAAAGAGAGACCUGCAAUGAACUGCCAUCCAGAAGAUCGAUUACCCAGAGAGAACUUGAGAGAGGCCCAGUUGGUCCCCGAGGUACACCUGGCCCCAUCGGUCCCGCAGGCGUCCCUGGCAUCGACGGCAUAGAUGGUGAGAGAGGUGAGGAUGGCCCAACAGGUCCCCCCGGCCUAGAUGGCGAUUUAGGUAAACCCGGAUCAGCAGGAUUACCAGGCGUGCCAGGAGCUGAUGGGUUAACCGGCCCUGAUGGAGAUGCUGGCCCAGACGGCCCAGUUGGGCAAAAAGGUGAACCUGGUGCAGCUGGACCCCGUGGAUCAGCAGGUUCAGGGCCAGAUGGACCUCCUGGUCCACCAGGUCCAGGUGGACUUCCAGGAGAACUUGGACGUGUUGGAAUCUUGGGUGAUGCUGGAGUUAGAGGGCCUGCUGGUCCCCCUGGUGCCCCUGGACCUCGAGGUGCUGCUGGAUUUCAUGAUGGCAGUGGAGAGCUGUGUCCCAAUGCCUGCCCUCCUGGCUCACCAGGCCAUCCUGGUCUCCCGGGAAUGAAGGGACAUAAAGGUGUAAAGGGAGAAGCAGGUGAACCAGGAAAGCAGGGACACAAGGGUGAAGAGGGUGACCAGGGGGCUUCUGGGGAGGUCGGUGCUCAAGGCCCUACAGGUCCUCAGGGUAUAAGAGGAAUCACAGGCAUGAUGGGACCUAAAGGUGAAAGGGGUGCACGUGGACAUGAUGGUGAACCAGGUCCUCAAGGUCUGCAGGGCGCAACUGGUGAUCAAGGUCAGAGAGGUGUAAUGGGUGAGACUGGGCCAAAAGGUGACGUUGGGUCUCAAGGUCCAAGAGGAAUUUCAGGGCUCCCAGGUUCAAAAGGAGAAUCAGGAUUGCCCGGCGUGGAUGGACGUGAUGGAAUCCCUGGGAUGCCAGGUGCAAAGGGUGACUCCGGAAAAGCAGGUGCUCCAGGUGAAUCUGGACUUCAGGGUCUUCCAGGCUUACCUGGUGCUUAUGGUGCAAAGGGUCUGAGUGGUGAUAAGGGUGAUUCCGGUGCCUCUGGUUUACUUGGAACAAUGGGAUCUGCUGGGAAAACUGGCGAACGAGGAGAACAAGGGGAAGUAGGCCCACUUGGACCAAGAGGAGGACCAGGUGAAAGAGGUGUGCAGGGUCCACCCGGUCCCACAGGUACACCAGGAGUCCGGGGCCCAAAAGGUGAUCCUGGUCUCCCAGGUCUUCCCGGUCCCCCUGGCCUGCCCGGAGUUAAAGGAGACAGGGGUGCUGUUGGUUUGGAUGGUCCUAAAGGCGAACAAGGCGAUGCUGGAUCAGAGGGCACAGCUGGUGAUAAAGGUGAUAUGGGUGAUCAAGGAGAACCUGGACCAAAAGGAUCUACUGGUAACCCUGGUGAGCCUGGCAGUCGAGGCCCUGAGGGCAGCCGUGGCCAGCCAGGCAUUGAAGGACCCUCUGGCUCACCUGGACCUCGCGGGAUGCAGGGAGAUCGGGGUGUACCCGGCCUGCCUGGCUCACAGGGGCCGGCUGGUAAAGAGCCCAGUGAUCAGCAUAUAAGACAAGUUUGUAUGCGAGUUAUGCAGGAACAGUUAGCUCAGCUGGCAGCCAGCCUCCGGAGACCAGAAUCAGGUGCUGCUGGUCUGCCUGGGCGCCCUGGGUCUCCUGGUCCUCCUGGCCCUGCUGGUGACAGCGGCUUCCCUGGACAGGCCGGCCCACGAGGAUUACCAGGUCUGAAAGGACCUGCCGGGCCGAUCGGUCUCAAAGGGGCUAAAGGUGAAAUGGGUGAAAGGGGCGAUAGAGGCAUCACAGUACGAGGACCGAAAGGCUUGCCUGGAGCCCCUGGUCUGCCAGGUGAGCCUGGCAGACCCGGCUAUGGCAGGGAUGGACGUGAUGGUGAAAGAGGCCCCCCUGGAGUGCCUGGACAGCCUGGUAUCCCUGGUCCUCCUGGUCCAGCUGGACCUUCUGGUUACUGUGACCCGUCAGCAUGCAACUUGCAAGCAAUUGCUGCACCUCAGUCUCUGAAGGACUCCAACGUAAAAGGACCUUGAGCUGGUCCCUGUGUCAACAGUAACUGCAAACAUGCUGCAGGUUCAAGUGAACUGAAAACAAGACAAUUGGGAGAACAGUCCAAAAACAGACUUUAUAAAGACAAACAAGCAAUUUUUUUAACACUGUAAGAAAAAAAGUUUUUUUUUUUUUCUUUUUUUUUUUUUUUAAUAUAUAUGAUGGUGCUCAAUACAAUGAUUUUACCUGCAACAAAUACAGUUAUACAUAUGUGGCCUAUACUUGUAAUAAAGAAAAUGCCCUCAGAGAGUCGUAUUGGAUUGUGUGUAUUAAGGUACAUCUGUUAAUUAGUAAAAUCCCACAGAAGGAAUGCAUUUCUUACCUCAAUUGUAGCUUCUGCCUUUUGUGUUCUGUAACCCCUCCCCCAAGAAAUAAACUGAAUUAUUUUCAGGCAAACUGCAUUUAAUUUUGCCACCUGUGUGUACUAUAUUGUACAAGUUGUAAGAAAACAAAAGAAAAACAGUAAUAUCAUUUUGCACAGAAAUGACUGCCUUGACUGGUCAUGUAAAAACAUGCUAUACUGAGUACAAUGUAUGCUGUCAAUCUCUGUAAAUGUGUGAGUUCUGGGUAUUCACACACAUUACAUUUCAUGUGAAAUGACUGAUAAAAACAAGUGAUUCGUUGUUCACUUCCAGAUACUUUUACUCAGCGACUGCUAGCGUGUAACAAACCUCUGUUCAGCAUCCUUCUCUGGUUUCAACAUUGACGAGAAGGCAGUAAGCCACUGUUAUUGGUCAUUUUAAUAACAUCCAGAAGUUUUAUAAUGAUAUUAUUUAUUAUGAAGGUCUAAAGUGACAUCUAAGGUUGUACAAAAGCGGAGAAAAUAAAUAUGAAUUUUACUAAA